CCGCAGGACUUUGUGCGCUCCAUAACGCCCAAUGAGAAGCAGCCAGAACACUUGGGCCUGGAUCAGUAUAUAAUAAAGCGCUUUGAUGGAAAGGAGUUCUGGCAGGUACUGACUCGGCAGCAUGUGCUUUCGAUUAAUCACUGCUCUGGAAUCCAUGUUAAUGCUUCCGAGGCUGGGGGUCGGUGCAUGCCUCUGGCCUCCCUACUCCCUGCACAGUGGUUUCCAUCCCUGACUUAAAUUUCCUGUUUUAUCUCUAAUAUGACAAUUCAAACACUGCACGGUCCUUGAGAAUGUAGAACCCGCUCUAACUCAGAGGGAAAUUUCAUCAGUAGCUGUUAACACACAGGGAUAAGAAAUGUUUGUAGGCAUUACACUGCAUCAGAUUUUAAUUAAUUGGUCAUUUAAAUGUUAGUAUUGUUUGGGUUGUUUUGUUCCUAAACUAUCAUAGGAACAGGCGACAGUUUGAAUGAAUAGAUGCAUUUUUUUCUUUUGAAAUUUCUUAAUCAGUGCAAAUAAGCCAUUGCUUGGUUGAUCUUUGCUCAAUAAAAUAGCUUAAGAGGAAGCUGGUGGCUCAUUUAGACUUUAUUACUUUGCCCCUUUGAGCCAGGGAAUGACUGUAGCUUGGGGAAAUAAGCAGACACAUGGGAAGAACAUGUAGGUAGAGCUGGCCGGGAGAUGACCAAAGACAGGCAGAACACAGGCAUUUUAAAUUGAUUUCUGCAGGGACUCUCAACUACAGAUUAUAAAUUUUUAAAUUUUAUUCAUUUAAAAUUACUCUUGCAUUUUUGAUGGUUGGCUGCAAUAAAAAAAAAAUCUAAAUUCAACUUAAAUAGCAGCAUCAUUUGAUUUGAAGUAAUUGGUGAUAUAGUUAAUGAGGACCGCAGGAGUAAUCUUUCUUUUCAUAGUGCAUUGCCCCCUGUGUUCCUGUUUUAAAAUGGGGUGGAUUUUAGUAGUUCCACAUAACUGUGGCAUUAACGGUAUUCUGAAACAAACAAAUACUUUAAAAUUUGCAUCAAAAGAAUUUACUGCUUCAAAUUUCAAUGCUUCAAAUUCUGGGAUUUUGUGUCAGAACAGCUAAGGUACAAACAAGUGCUAGCCAGUAGAGAACAUAGCUGGGCUCGAUCUCCUUGCCUACCAAGGACAAGCCCUGAACUGGGCCUUGCCAUAGCACUCCAAACCUUUAAAAAAGAAAGGGUUGAGGCCCAGUCCCACAAGAAAGCCCUUCCCAUGGCUCUCAGUGCAGUUAGACAAAUGAGAGGCAGCGAAAAGCCCUUUCUCUUCAUUAAUAACCAUGUGCUUUCGAUUUGGAAAGACUUGCCUUCCAGGAGAUCCAUACAGCAAGAGUGAGGAGAAGAGAGAAGAAUUAGCAAGUGCUAGAAGUCUCUGGAGCCUGCAGCCCUCAGUGCUCAGCACCAGUCACUGAUGCUUUCAGUACAGGAAGUACUAGUUUUGCUUCACCAGAGGUUGGGAAUCAGCCAUUACGCCACUUGCAGAUUAGUGCCUCUGUAUAAGGAGGAACACGUAAAUUUUGAAGUAGUCUGUAUUUUUCUAUCCAUAUUUUCCUGAACCUUUUCUGAGUUUCUAGAAUCAGUAUCUGAAUGCAAUAUGUAGAAACUGUUUUGCUAAAAUUAAAAAUUUGAGAUAUUAACUACUUUUAAAUCAGUUUUUACUGCAUCCUUCAAAAUAUCUUGUGAAUUUGUAUUAAGCAUAGGCUUUUCUUUUAAAAGAUGCUGAGGGAAUUGUUCAUAUUAGUUUCUAGAAACAGUGCUUGUCUUGCUGACACCAGUACGUAUCUUUUAAGCUGCCCAUGAGAGCAGCAGACCCCUUGUUAGAGAAGGUGGACCCUUGCGUAUCUUUCUGCAGGAUCUGCUCUUUGCAUGCUGUUCCUACUGCCUGUAGAAAGCCCAGCACCGCGUCCUGCUAGCAUAGUACACUGUUCUUCAGGCCAGCUCACUGAUGACAUCAGGUACUCAGUGCAUUGCCAUGAGGAGUAUCCGAGGUCUCUUUCCAGUCUCUCCAGUUCCACCACUCCUAAAGUCUGUGGAUUUAACAAGUUUUGGUUAUUCAGGUUGAAAACAGAAUGAUAAUGCAGUCAUUAACUCCCCCAAAAGGAUGUCAUUCACUUGCUUGCCUCAAAUGCUCAGACUCCUACUAGUACGCCUUUAGAUACAUUUUUAUUUUAGGUUAUGUUAUGUUUGACCUUGAGAUCAACCAAACCCAUCUGAUGUUCCAUUGUUUAUUUGAAGCAUAAUCAUAACUGGCCAUCACCUCUCUGACGACGCCCCAUUCCUGGCUUUUCAUCAUGGAACAAUGUUGGCUGCUCACUCUGACGUCAGAGGACUUUGUUCUAGACUGACUUCCUUUGUCAUGUUACUUGAAUACGAGCAUGUUUAAGGCCACACUGUCAUGAUUCUAGAAGAGCUACUCAAAACAAGCGUCCUCCAUUCUGUAGACGCAGGUCCGCAACUUGUUCUAAGUGUCUGCGAUGCUCGCUGGCACUACAGAGACUGGGAAACUGGUUCUUUGAGAGUAGGCAGCUUUAAGAGUAUGGAAGAACAUUUUCUUUUUGAAGCGAUGCACAUUUUGAAAAUGAAUGAAGUAGAUGCUUGGCUAAUAAGUAAAGGCACACUUAAUCAUUGGCUCAGCUUUUCCUCCAGUUAGCCGAGGCAAGCUAGCUAAGCCCCAAAGCUCCACCAUAGUGAGCUAAGUUUUCCAGCCCUCAGUAACAUCUUCAGAAAUUACAAACAUGGACCCCCGUGUGCCCCUAGGCUGGUCAUAGCAUAUGAAGUUGAGAGGUCCGUGAUAGGGCUGUGGAGUCGGAGCACAGUGGGUCCAUUCCCCUGGGCAGUUAAAGUCUCUAAACCUGAGUCAUGUCAUUAGGAUCACAAGUGUGAAGACUACAGGUGUGGCCCACCGCACCCAUUAUGCACUGCCAGGCUUGAACCCAGCAUCUUCCAGCCAAGCUACAUCUUCAGCCCCAUAAGUCUUUCAUGAAUAGCUCUUAAUGCUUGAUCUCCAAUUUGAGACGAAAAUUUUUUCUCACAGGGCUUCCUGAGAGGCAGUAGCUGUGUUAGUCAAGGGGGUGAGCAGAGAUUCUCGCAAGGAACUUUCUGUUUUUCCUCACAUGUGUCCCUUGCUCUAUUUUUUCCAAAUGGGAGGGAAUGAAACUACUAUGUUGACUUAUUCUUUCCAAACGUGUGCUUGACAUUGUUUUACAUGGAGCAAUAAGGCCACUUACGAUAACUAUGUGACUACAACCAAGAUGGCCGCCAAGCUCAGGACUGUUGGGGGCAGGGGCUUGUUUUCUAGGGAGUUUGGGUCCAGCACUAACCUAUUGGCGUGACCAAAGUUCAGAAUUAAAUUAUUAGAUUUAGGUAGCAGGCUAUCAAUAACAAUCACGUGUCAUUUGUCCCACAAUGGAGUCUGAUGUGAACAUCAGACAUGCGGUGCCAGAACAUACAUCCAGUUAUGUCCCUCUUAGAGUUUCCUCCUUCAGCAGAUACCGAGGAUUCAAAUAAGUCAUUUCGAUAAAGCUCUGCCUUUUGCUUGACAUUCACUCCAUUCCAGCGGAUUUAUUUGAAUCCUUGUUACUGCUUUUAACCAUCUCAUCCACCGCUGCUACAGUUUAAGCAUCUUCAUGAUAGCGUUCUCCCUGAGGCUAACUAAUGAAGUAAGGAGACCAUCUUAUUCUGGUAUUUGGGUUGUUCUCAGAGCCCACGUGGUUAGAAUGGGGACUGAAAAGAGAGCUGCUUUCUGCAGUUGGCAUGCACGUCAUCUUCAGCACUCCCCUGCCUCGGCCUGUUGCACACUAAUUUACGUUGCCUCCGAUGAAGUUAAACUUUGAGAAGCUUGGACGAGAAUCUGAGUCAGAAGGGGGGAAAUCAUAAACUACACUGAAUUGGAAACAUUUCAACUUAAUUUUCAUUUGGCAUGCACCAAAAUCUACCUUUCUACACAAUUGGGUGUGGACCAAAUCAAGAGUGACAUAUUUUAGCUGUGCAACAGGUUCUGUUUGAUUAAGAAUAAUGUGAUUGUUUAAAAUUAACGUUUCUCAAGGCUUUGGAAGCUGUCUGUGCACCAAGGAGAUAAUGAAGUGUGAGAUUCAUUGCUUGAGAGAACCACUGAGCUUUGUCUAACACACCCUUCUCCCCCUGUAACUCCAGGUUUGGAAACGAGAUGCCAAAAUCAAAUUUUCUGGAAGCAGUAUAUAACUGUCAUUAAACUUUAAAGUACAACUUCAAAUAUUACUAGAGGAAUUUGAAAUCCCUUUUAGCCAUAUAGAGAAAUAUUGAUUCUCUUUUUUCAUUUUUACAGUACUGGUGAUUCCACCCAGGGCUUUGCACAUACAAGGCAGAUGCUCAGCCACUGCGCUACAAACCUUGCCUUUUUAUUUUUUUCUUCAAGACAGGGGCUCACUAGAUAGCUCUGGCAGUCCUGGGACUCACUCUGUAUCCCACACUGGCUUGAGACUCACAAAAAUCUGCCUGCCCCUGUUUCCCAAGUACUAAGAUUAAAGGCAUAAGCCAUUACACCUAGCACCUUUUUAAGUUUUGAGGUAGGGUCUUGCUAAAUUGUCCUUAUGGGUAACUCAUAAUCUGUCUCAGGCUCCAAGUAGCUGAGAUCACAGACCUGUGCCAUCAUCCUUGGCAAGGACCACUGGUAAUAAAAUAAUCCUUAAUAAGUGUCAGUAUUAAAAAAAAAAUCAAAAAACCCUUGAGGUUCAUGGAUGAUAACAUUUUAAUUUAUGUAGCAGUGCUCUGCACUUUCUUUUUAUUUAGGUUCAGAAAUCCACAAAUAUUUUUAGUUUAUAGGUUGAUACCCAAGCAUUUCCUUGUGAAGUCUGCUCGGUUCCAGGAGCUCCUUUUGUCUUAAACUUCAGAACUUGGAAACUGGAUGUUAAUAAGAAUGAUAAGGUUAAUUGGCUCCAUCUCAUUGAGUCCAGGAAGGGAAAAUCAACUGCUCUGUUUUGAUCAACCCUGUAACUAGCUGGUUGGGAUGCCUCACACCCUGAAUGCUAACACAUUGGUGUCCUGACUGGAAAUCCAGUCCCAGGGCCCUUCAUGGCUCACUCAACUCUAACCAUAAGUUUAUGAGACUAGUCCGAAGCCAAAGGGUGGGCGCUUGAGCACAAAGCCAUCCAACCCAGUUAAACUCAGGGCUUUUAAAUUCACUGUGAAGUACAGCAAUCACACGUGUGAAGAACAGUGUGCUAUAUAGUAAUUUUACACAACAAGUUUUUCACUUGUUAUGCCUUCACUACAGACCUAAAAAGCCAGGUCUGUAGUGAAGGCAUGUAAUCUCUGCUACUUAGGGGGCUGAGGCAGGAGGAUCACAGUUGGAGGCCUGCCUAAUACCAUAAAGUAAGAUCAAGUCCAGCCUGGCAAUUUAGUGAGACUCUGACUCAAAAUAAAAAAUGAAGUCUGGGGAUUUCACUCAAUAGUGUCUCGCCUCACACAUACAAAGCUCUGGGUCCAAGCCCCAGUAAACACACAGACAUGUAAAUCAGGGGUCUACAGAUGCAGCUCACCUCUGUGGUAUAAACCUUGCCUUGUAAGCCCUAGUUUUUGAUUCCUUGGAGGGGAUUUGGGGGGAUUCAGACUAUGGUACCAUAGUACAUGAAAGCAGCCCCCUCGAGGUGUGGGGUUCCUUAAGGUCUACCAUGUCAGCAUCUUUCUUACUGAUCUCAGGUCUGUAGCUCUGCUCUUCAUUUGGAAAUAAGGCUGGGUUCUGAGUUAUCUUUUGUUCAUGCAUGUCUGUGAGCUUGUUGCUUUGAGGCACUCUACAAGAUUCCGUCAUCCAGUCGGGGGCAUUCGUCACGAAGUUGGAUGGAAAUGAUGCUCUGAGCUGACCCACAUCCUGCCUUACACUGAGAAUUUCAGAACUGGAAGUGACUGAUUGGAGAAUUUGAGAGGUCACCCCUGAGCUCUGAGUGUGGCCCUGGUGCUUCAGAAGUUACCGAGAGUUGCACUGGUUUUAAAACUGCACCCAGGAAAUUCUCACCAUGCACUGAAACGGCUGGAGCCCCCUCCCUCGGGAACCUAAAGAAAAUUGCCCAGGAACGAGAAAAAUUUGCUGAUGAAGGCAGCAUCUUCUACAGCCUUGGAGAGUGUGGGCUCAUCUCCUUCUCUGACUACAUCUUCCUCACAACAGUCCUCUCCACUCCUCAGAGAAAUUUUGAAAUUGCUUUCAAGAUGUUUGACUUGAAUGGAGACGGAGAGGUAGACAUGGAGGAGUUUGAGCAGGUUCAGAGCAUCAUUCGCUCCCAGACCAGCAUGGGCAUGCGUCACAGAGACCGUCCAACCACUGGGAACACCCUCAAGUCUGGCUUAUGUUCGGCCCUCACGACCUACUUUUUUGGAGCUGAUCUCAAAGGGAAACUGACCAUCAAAAACUUCCUGGAAUUUCAGCGCAAACUUCAGCAUGACGUUCUAAAGCUGGAGUUUGAACGCCAUGACCCGGUAGAUGGGAGAAUCUCUGAGAGGCAGUUCGGGGGCAUGCUGCUGGCCUACAGUGGAGUGCAGUCCAAGAAGCUGACCGCCAUGCAGAGACAGCUGAAGAAGCACUUCAAAGAUGGGAAGGGCCUGACUUUCCAGGAGGUAGAGAACUUCUUCACUUUCCUGAAGAACAUUAAUGACGUGGACACUGCACUAAGCUUUUACCACAUGGCUGGAGCAUCUCUUGAUAAAGUGACCAUGCAGCAAGUGGCCAGGACAGUGGCGAAGGUCGAACUCUCGGACCAUGUGUGUGACGUGGUGUUCGCGCUCUUUGACUGUGAUGGCAAUGGGGAGCUGAGCAACAAGGAGUUCGUUUCCAUCAUGAAGCAGCGGCUGAUGAGAGGCCUGGAGAAGCCCAAGGACAUGGGCUUCACCCGCCUCAUGCAGGCCAUGUGGAAAUGUGCCCAAGAAACUGCCUGGGACUUUGCUCUGCCCAAAUAGUAUUCCCACCUCCUGCACCUUAGCACCCUGCAAGCCCUGGAGUGGCCCUUCAUGCUGCUGAUGCAUCGGGAGUGGUGCCCACCUCCCCAUCUUUCUGGGAGUAACCUCUGGGCUCAGCCGGCUUCCCUCUCCACCCUGCCCUGACCCCAUCAGUGUUCUGCUAGGCUCUGAGUCUGCAGUCGGAUGGAAGGUCCUAAAACAGGACUGAGGCUUCAAAGUAGAGACCUUAGUUAACUCCCUUAGCAAGUGCCCUGUGGGUCAGUGCAGGAGCCCUCCCAACCCCGGCCAGCCCGGGAGGGAGGCAGCUCUGCUCUGCUCUGACAUCUGUCUCUCGCUGUGGAUUUAUAGUAGCAAGAACACUCCCUGCCAUUUUCCUCCUGCUGUUUUUAAGCUGCAAGUUUGGAAAUGAGCUGGCAGGCGAAAGGAAGUGUGAUGAAUGAUAAUGCAGAUGACCCUGGCACCCUGAGCUGGCAGGAAGCCUGGCCAGAGGAGGGUCUGUGUUAGCCACCAGGGGCUCCAGGAAGGCACUGUGCCCCCAGCAGAAUCCAGAUUCCAAGUGGCUGCUUUAAGCAGCUCUCCAGAACUUCCCAGCUCUGUGGUUUCCUCCCAGGCUCCCUGCGAUGCCUCCUCUGGGACUCUGCUUCACUAGAGCAAUGGCUGAGCCCCUGUCCCUGUGUCUCAUCCCCUCUCUAUGGACCUGUGGAGCCCAGACCCAGCUCAGAGCCUAGCUGCCCUCUGUCUAAGACACUCGUAAAAUAUCACUUUAAUUAUAGCACUUUGCAGGAAAUACCCGCAA